ACUAUAAUAUUAUGCGCGGCGUGGCUCGCUUGCGUACAUUGCCAGCAUGGACAACAGGGUCCUACCACUACACCGGUGCCCAUCCUCAAGCAAAUCAAUAGACAGAACGACGACGGCUCCUACAGCUACGGUUAUGAAGCUGCAGAUGGCUCGUUCAAGAUUGAAACCAAGUAUCCGAGCGGUGACGUCGCAGGGAAAUACGGUUAUGUGGAUGAAAGUGGAAAGCUCAGGGAGAUAUCAUACGGAGCAUCCAGCAAGCGAGGAUUUGAACCACAAGGUCAAGGCAUCAUGGUGCCCCCACCGACACUCAACGAUCCCUCCAACGCAUUAACAGACGGACAGGAGGACGACGGCCAGUACCGCGAGGACCC